AUGCAAAAUGUCGCCAGUGCUUUCGAGUCCAACAACGUUCCGAAACGACCCCUGACGCCGAGCUCAUCUGUUGCAAUUUCUUCUCCGUUAAAACGGUUGGCUGUCGAUGCCUCGGUAGGACCGAACAUCUUCGACCAUGAGAGCCUACCUCAGAUGCUAUUUGAGCCCAGAUUUACAUCGAAUUUCGACACAACUCUAAGGCAGCAGUACCCUUCCGCAGACAUCUCACAGCAUCCACAGACCCCGCCAAGCCCAGCUGAUGACGUUGUUGAGAUACCCGAGACACCGCCGACCUCGUCAUUGCAGACAACCACGCGUGUUUCUGUGGCAGAGCCCGAUGCGCCAGACUUAUGGAUGGAAUACGUAGAUCUGGACAGCGUUGGAGGCGAGGGGUUUGUCCCGAUGGAGAAACUACCUGGUGAAUACCACAAUGCCGUAUCUGAGACCUCGUCUAAUGUAGACGAAGGUUCUGGUAGGCCAUUUCCUGAUCUCAAUGUCGAUCACCUUGCCCAAUCGUCAUCCAAUAGUGAAGACACUGUCGAGGAUGACUAUGGUCUUGAGGGCGUUGAAGAAGAAGAGAUGGCACAGCUUCUAGAAGAUACUGGGCACGAGCCUCCUGGUUUCACUCGGCCAAGCGUCAUACAGAAGAUGGACUGCGAUUCGAGAUCAGCUUCAAGCUUCGACUCCAAAUUGCAGUUUUCCGAGCCUGAUACGAACACGAGCGAAGCUUCAAACGCCGAUCUGACUGAACCUGAUCUUCUUGAUGAUGAUGUCGACUGGGAGCUUGUGACAAAAUGCGCAGCAACUGCGGCUGGCGCCUCUCCGGAUCAUGAGGCUAGAAUGAGCAUCAGAGGCAAGACCAAAGAAUCACUGAAAGAGCAUUCGAGGCCGGCGCCCUUAGUCAGACCCCCUUUCCCCGACAAAAUGAGAGACCGCUCUGUGGUCGUUGGACUCUCUUCGAUGAUCAUGAUGCGCACAUGUUUCAGAGUUGGAGAGCUCCUCAAUACGCAAGCUAAGUGUAGCAGGGAGAAGCAGGAUGUUUUCUUUGAGCUUUUCGCGCGGGUCGUCUACUCCAACCGGGAGAACGUUGCUAGAGUACAACAUGUACAGCUGCGAGAUCUUUUUACCGAUCGGCAGCCGUUUCUCAGCAGCGUAUUCAGGGGCUGGAAGAGUGGUGGGCUUGUGGAUGAUCAGAGCAAGAAGACAAGAAGGCUGCAAUCGGUCGCUCCGCAACGCUCUUGUCGAUCAGGGAGACAACUUGGGAUGAAGUUCAGUGGGCUAUGA